UACCGGUACGGACACGCGAGAGCUCUUACUCGACAUCGUUAAAACACUGUUCCCGUGCCUCGGGCUCAAGGCCGACGUGGACUGUGGUUGUGCUGUGUAAACAGUCUGACUGUCAGUAGGGGAGAGUGAGCUAUCAUCAAUUGGAUCCACCCAAACCAAAGGACAACUGCCCUACAUAGAACUAGUGAUAGAUUUACUCUGGUGUGUAGAGUAAAUAAACCACAGCCUGUAAAAGGCACCUGCUGUGAGUAUGAUGACUACGAGAGGUAAAAGUGAAGGAUGUCGCAUCUGUGGGAGUGACCUGCAGGGUAACCAGCGGCGAUGGUUGUAUGCGGCUCAGAAACGGAAGGGGGCACAACCUCAGACGCCAACAGACUUGUCUAGCAAGGGAAGCCUACCCAGAUCAGCACAGAGCAGCCCAUGGGGCAGUACAUUAUCUCUUAGUUCUUCUCCUUCCCUCUCCAAGUCUCAUGCUUUGCUAACCCCUACAAAAGGAAUUGAUCUGCUUUGUGUGCUGACACACAUAUUAGAGCAGUCUGUACCACGUGGGGACGGUCAGGGGGAAUUUUUAUGUGGCAAGUGCGUGUCCGUUCUGGAGAGAGUUUUCAAGUUCGACACUGUCAUCGCCCGGGUCAGGGCACUGUCGAGCGAGAGGCUUCAGAGACUCUCUCAGGAAAGAGACCAGAUUAGGCGAUGGGUGCGAAGUUUGUACCAUCAACGCCAUCCUUCUAGUUAUAGAAACAAAGGAAGCUCCAGCGAGGAUGAAGGUGACUCAGGAAGGCAGGACAGAAAGAAUUCGGCAGGGGAAGGAUACCGAGAACUGCUGAGGGACAAUAUGGUGCUCUCCGAGUAUGAAUGGUGGUCCGAGAAUGCGGAUUCAUGUCCACAUUAUAGGAAAACAGGGAAAAGAUGCCAUAAAGGGAAGAAAUGUGAUGGUUGUGACUUCUUAAGGGUGUCUGAUUCGGAUUAUGAGUCAGUUUGCGGGAUACCCCGUCACCUGCCCGAACAAGCUUUCACCUCAUUGGGUCUCUCUCGGGACAAGUCCCGUAGCAUGCCUCUUCAUUGGUCAAGAGUACUAUCUGUCAGCUCAAGUCCCGCCUCGCUGUCUGGUUCCUGUCACUCUUUACGAUCACAAUCCCGCACUGCCUCUGUCCAAUCACUGGACUCUUUGGGUGCCAAUGAUCCCUUUGAUUGGCCUGAAGAGCAGGCAGUCAUCUUCGAGACAAUUUUCAAAGAGUUGAGGGGAAUUGAAGGAAAACCUGUGAGGUCGCCAGCUGGAAGUCGCAUUCCUGUGAUGUGGCGAGGGGGAGUGCAGAUUGGAAAGGAUGAAGUGGAAGCAAAAGUGGGGUUAGUGAGGGUACUGAACUUUGGAGAGGGGGAUAAUGGGAUGGAGAAUGAGUUUGAGGAAGAGGGCGAUGACAUCUUGACUGAACUGAGAGACGAGUUUCAGCCAUUGCAAAGAGAGGUGACUGCAGGUAGAGUGCACUCGGCUGUAAAUCUGUUGCGUGAACAGCUUGUUCAAGCUCAGACUCGCAUCAGAACUCUUGAGGCACAGCUCAGGGAUACCAACAAACUAGCAACCAGCACUGCUGUCAAUCAAUCAAAGUCUUCUCCACAAGUGACCAGUGUGAAGAAUAAAAAUGACUUGAUAGAGCGUCUCAGCCAAUCGCUGCACAGCAGAGAAAGUGUAAUCCAGGAAUGUGUGACUUUGAUCCAGAAGCUGUGUGCUGAGCAGGGGGUGGAGUCAGAUGAGACUGAAAAACUCAUCACACAACUGACCAGUGGUGUGGGUGAUAAACACAGUGAGCAUGAGGCUGUUCUGGAGGCCCAGCUGACAGAGGUGAGGGAGAGAGAGAAAGCUCUGGAAAACCAGCUGCAGGCUCUCAGGGACGCUGGCAAAGAGCGAGACCGAGACUUCAUCACACUCGACACUGUGCUUCAGUGUAACCAGGAUAUUAUUAAUCACUUUCGUGUAGAGCUUGCAGAGCGAGAUCGAGCUCAGCAGGAGAUGAUGAAAGAGUGGGGGGUUUGGAAAGAGCGAGAUUCAGCCCUGUCUGCCUUGGUGAAGGACCACGAAGCAUUCAUUUCCCAGCUAAAGGAGGUGCUAGAGAGCUCACGGCGAGAUGUGCAGGCUCUCUCGGACUCUCUGAUUGGUCGGGGAUUAGAAGGGGGUGAUGCUGAGGCCGGAUUGGUCAAUCAGUUGCGAGAGAAAGAAUCUCUGCUGGUAGCGAGCAUCAGAGAUAGAGAGGAGCUCAGCGCCACCAUGAGGCAGGAGAUUUCAAGACUCUCCACAGCCUUAAAAGUCUCCGAAACCCUCAUACAGGACCAAAGAGAAAAUCACAAACAAGCCAUCAGUGAAAUAUCACAGCAACUCAAAAACGCACUUGAGGAACUGAGAGAGAAAACCAAACAGAAGAAGGAGGCUGAACUAGGACGAAAAAAGGAAAAUAAGGAGAGAGCUUUCGAGGAAGGAAAACUGAGAGACAAUCUUCAGAAGAGGGACAAACUCAUCGAGCAAGUUCUUCUGGAGCUAGAAGAGCGUGAUGGUGUGCUAACAGAGCUAAAGCAAAACAUCUCUACCAGGCUUGGACCCAAGACUGCCCUUAAACACACACUAGAUGUGAAUUUCUGCACUUAACAUCUUGAUGUGCAGCUUUUGGUUUCAGCUUUUGAUAAAAUUAAGAAGUUUUGGGCAAUUCUUAAAGCCAAAAGAAAAUCAAGACCUAUAGUAUUCUGCACUCUGAGGUUUUGGUGGCUCUGUUCAGUAUAACCUGUGAAAUGUCAUUCCAAUAGUGUCGUAUGUACGUUUUCUGUCACUAGAUUGCUCAAGACUGGAUUUUUAAGGAGAAAUGUUAUUUUAGUUUAUAUGAAUUCAUAACUGUACCAUUACAGAAUACAGAAUGUAGCACUGUUUCCCACACAUUUUCAGGUUGUGGUUCCAAGAUUUACGUAGCUACACACCUGUGCCUUUUCUAUGUCCAUACAUGCUUUUCUGUAGCCCACAUUCCACACUGCCACAAUUUAUAUUUGUUUUUUUGAUUUUGGCUGCUGAAUAUGUUUAUUGCUGCUUUUCUCUUAUUGCUUAAUUUGUCUUUUCCCUUAUUUUCAAUGUGGUCUUAUGUUUGUCAUGUAUUUAUAAAUGUUUUGUUAUGUUGAUUUGUCUCGAAGAUGCAGUUUUUUUUUUAUUUUAUUUAAUUUAUUUUUUUCUAUUGAAGGAAAAUACUUUUCUCAAAAUAGAUGGAUAUGCUAAUUCUGCAAAUUACAUGAAUAUUCUGUUUUUAAUCUGCUUGUUUAUAUUUUUAUUUGGGUAUGCUGGAAUUUUUCCCACAGCCUGGUACAUACCUUGUUUCCAUUAAGGAAAUAAUCAAAUUCAAAUGAAGCCUCAAGUGUGUGUGUGUGUGGGUUAUUGUUCGAAAAGUUUUUGUUUGAGGUUCUUUUAUAUCUGAAAUAUUAAAAUGUUCUUUUUUAAGAACUCAGGGGUGUAAUUGAUAAUAAAAACCUCAAGAAA